AUGAUCAUCAAGGCGGAGAAAGAGCGCACCCGACCAACCACUUUCGUAGAGUUCUUGCGCCAUUCCCACAACCUGCUCUCCCGACCGCUAAGAGUCGAGACACCAUCUCGCUCGACUAGUAGGAAAGUACCUCCACCCACCGGCAAAUACUACCCGAUACGGCUAGAACAUUGGACCGACUACCCAGCGCAACAGUCGGAGCUUUACGGAUCCGUCCACGGCUAUCUCCAGCCGACGCCAGAAGAGGCGCCGCGUCUGUUUACAUCUUCACAUAAGCUAGAAGGGUUAGGCCGGCGCCUGAAUCGCAAUCCUAUUAGCAGCGAGCAAGAACUCGAGGCUUACGAGCGGUUCGCUAUAGAAGAGCACGUUAAUAAUAUUAUAACAGAAUUGUGCAAGAUACCCGCGGCUCGUGAAGAGUUUGGCCUAGGCGAUAGCAUCCAGUUUAGCAAUCAUACAAAUUCCUUAAACAAUUACGAUACUAUUGAAGCAGAUAUAAGCUAA